CUACCACCUGGCAAAGGGAACAUGUUCCCGUACACCUCCCUUCGUCGCUCCCUCGUCGCUCCCUCUCCGACUCCCCACCAACUAUGCUCACUGAAUAUAAAGAUACUUAAAGCGACACCCAACUGCCUCCGCCUCCCGUCUCUUCCCCGAAAUGCCUCCGCCGCUCCCCCCCAAACCCCUCCAGCCCAACCGCGCCUCCCUCUCUUUCCUUUUCCUCUUCCUUCUCUCCCUCGUCGUGUACGUCUCCCUUUCCCCGUCACGGAAAACCCCCUCCCCUUCCUCUUCUUCUUCUUCUUCUCGCAAUGCCCCCGCCGAUUCGUUUAGCGCCCCCCACCGCCUCUUCCUCUCGCUCCACCCCGGCGCCAAUGCCACCAUCGCCGCCCACCUCCGCGCCCUCACCCUCCGCCCUCACCUCGCCGGCACCCCCGCCGCUGCCCGGACCGCCUCCUACGUCAUCUCCCACCUCCGCGCCGCCGGCCUCCGGGUAGCCUUGGCCGACUACUACCCGCUCCUCUCAUACCCCGCCUCCGCUUCCCUCGCCCUCCUCCGACCCGACGGAGCCCUCGUGAAGCCUCUUCCCCUCGCCGAGCCCGCCGACCUCGAGGCUGCCGCCGUCCCGCCGUACCACGCCUACUCCCCCUCUGGCUCCGCCGUGGCCCCCCCGGUCUACGUCAAUUACGGCCGGGAGGACGACUACAGCGCGCUCGACCGGCUCGGCGUGGACGUCAGGGGCUGCGUCGCGGUCGUGCGGCGCGGCGGAGGGUACCGGGGGGCGGUGGUUGCGAGGGCCGCGGCUAGGGGCGUGGCGGCGGUGCUGAUGUUUAAGGCGGCCGACCACGGUGGAGUGGAGAGGGGGACCGUGUUGCUCGGUGGGGUUGGUGAUCCGUUGACACCCGGGUGGGCGGCCCCCAACACGGCGGCCGCGGACGGAGGCGGCGAGAGGCUCGCCGCCGAUGACGAGGAGGUGAGGCGGAGGUUCCCCAAGAUUCCGUCUCUGCCAGUGGCCGAGGUGGUGGCGAUGGAGAUUUUGAGGACGCUCGGUGGGCCUCCGAUGCCGCGCGGGUGGGGAGAAGGGUUGCCUUCGGCGGCGAAGAGCGGGGUUGGACCGGGUCCCACGUUGGUCAACUUCACCUAUCAGGAAGAUAGAAAGUUGGCAAAGAUUCAAAAUGUUUUCGGCAUAAUAAGGGGAAGCGAGGAGCCAGAUCGUUACAUUAUCCUUGGCAACCAUCGAGAUGCAUGGACAUUUGGUGCUGUGGACCCCAACAGUGGAACAGCUGCGCUUCUUGAUGUUGCCCGCCGUUAUGGGAGUUUGUUGCGCUCGGGCUGGAGGCCUCGAAGGACAAUAAUCCUAUGUAGCUGGGAUGCAGAGGAGUUUGGCAUGAUUGGAUCUACUGAAUGGGUUGAGCAGAACCUUGGAAGGUUGUCAUCAAAAGCCGUGGUAUACUUGAAUGUUGAUUGUGCAGUUCAAGGUGAUGGCUUUUUUGCUAGUGCAACCCCCCAGUUGGACAAGCUUAUAGUUGAAGUUACAAAGCAGAUCCAGGACCCGGAUUUUGAAGCGAGGACAGUUUAUGAAUCUUGGAUAGUAAACAAUGGGGGUAUCAGUAAGAUUGAAAGACUGUCUAGAGCUGAUUCAGAUUUUUCUGCAUUUUUGCACCUUGCUGGAGUUCCUUCUGUAGAUUUCUACUAUGGAGAUGUAUUCCCCGGCUACCAUACUGUUUUUGACUCCUACAAAUGGAUGGUCGAACAUGGAGAUCCAUCAUUUCAUCGUCAUGUGGCUAUUGCAGAAAUUUGGGGACUCUUAGGUCUUCGCCUAGCAGAUGAUCUGGUCCUACCCUUUGACUAUCCUUCUUACUCUGCUCAGUUACAUGAGCAUGCAACUGCAUUGAGUGCCUUGCUGGAUGGUGGGGGAUCUGUGCAAGUACAACCCAUAAAUUCAUCUAUUGACGAGCUCACUGUUGCGAUUAGAGAAGCUGUAGAAGAAAGCAAGAAACUGCAAGAGGUAGACACCACAGAGGAUUUUGCUGCUUUAAGGAGACGUGCUUUCAAUGAUCGCCUAAUGCUUGCUGAAAGAGGCUUCCUGGAAGCAGAGGGCCUCAAAGGAAGACCGUGCUUUAGGCAUCUGUUAUACUCGCCGCCUGAGGAUACGGAGAGCAAGCUCUCGUUCUUUCCGGGAAUAGCUGAUGCUAUUUCUCAAGCCAGAAAACAUGCGGGAGAAGAAGAGCAAUUGGGAAUUCAACAUGAAAUCUGGAGAGUUGCCAGAGCUAUUCAAAGGGCUGCUGCUGCUCUUCGAGGAGAACUCAUCUGAGUGCAAAGUCAGUGAUACAUGUGGCAGUAGUUUUAAGCUUCCUCUAGUUGAACUAAAAAUGCCGUCAAAAUGUAUAUUUAUAUUGGGUGACAAUAUCGGGUGAUGCAAUAUCUGUUUCUGCUUUUAUGGAAAUUAAUUUCCAGUCAAUACUUCGACAGCCCGUGUCAAGAACAGAAUUCUUGUGAAUUAUUUUUGUGCUUGUCUCAACUUUCAAAUAAAAAAGAGGUGGCAAGAAUCGAAUCCUUUUUUU